UUCUCCAAAAAACACGUGACAACGCCGUCGUGUUCGAAAAUCGAAACUAGUGUUUGCUAUCCUUCCUCUUCCUCAUCUGGUUUGAUAUGGCAUCUCAAGCAGCGACUGGCAUAAAAAAGCUUCAAGCUGAAGAAUCGGAAGCUGUUGUUUUCCAAACGGUAUUAUUUUAUUCCUUGGCUAUUCUUUUGGUUCCUGUUGCAGCAUUCAUAGGCAGCAAAGCAACCCUUGGUGGGAUCCUGGGUUUUGAAACACAUUCGUGCAAUAUAUGGUCUGCUGUUAUAGCAGUAAUUGUUUUACACCUUAUGCUUGGUCUGUAUAUUUACCGUACAUUCUAUCCUGCUCCCACCAAGCAAACCAAGCAAGAUUAACGAUUACUCACUGCCACGUCAUACAAGAAUAAUAAAACAUGAGCUGUGAAAUUGGGCAAAAAAUUGUUGGACAUAGAGUAGUCAUAGAAACACAAACUGGGAAAGUCAUUGGUGAUGUUCGUAAUGUGGACAGCAAUUAUAGCAAAUUGUCUCUGGUAAAUGGUGUUGCAGUUUCAACUGGUGCUAAACUUCCUGAACUAUAUCGAAUUUAUGUCAAGGAUAUUGUUUCAAUUACACUUGCAGAUGAAGAGGUAUUAAGUUCAGACAACCCUGCAUCCAAUUCCAGCCAGUUGCCAUUAAAAUCACCACCUCAUCAUGAAAAGAAAACGAAACCUUUAUUAUUAUUAACUCAGAUUGAGAAGAAAAGUAGUGCAGUUUUACCCCCACAGCAGACAUCUUCUAGCAAUGAUAGAAAAAAUCAACCAUUAGUAAUGCAGAAGGUUCUCCCAGCACAUAUAAAAACCCUGAAUAAUAGCAUACAGACGGAUAUAUUAACUAACAAAGUUCCAUUCACAAAAGACGGAGAUGCAAGUUUUUCAUCAACACUUCCAAAUUACACAAUAAUCGACGGAAUCGAUGAAUUGUACAAUAGUGUGAUUGACAGGCUUGAAAAGGAAUCGGUGAUUGGGUUAAGCAUGGAAGGCAUACGAAUUGGGCGAUUUGGUGUUGUAUGUUGGAUCGGUGUAGCCAUGAGCGAUCAUGCUUUCCUCUUUGAUAUGUGCAGCUUAGGCCCUACUGGAGUCAAACUAGGACUAGCCAAGAUUCUUACGAAUGAAAAAAUUGUGAAAGUCACCCACGAUUGUCGUUUUAUGUCGGAUGCCUUUAUCCAUCAAUAUGAAGUCAAAUUGAAUAACGUCUUCGACACGCAAGUGGGGGCGUUGGUAGUUGAGAAGAAAAAAUACGGUCGCUUUAGUAAGUUCGUUCCAGGGCUUCCGAGAUGUUUAAGUGAUUUCUUUAGCCUUCCAAGUAACCUAAUGUAUCAUCCAAGGAAAAGACAAGGACAUGAAAAGGAGGAUGAGGCUAUAUGGAAGCUACGUCCGUUACCACAACACCUUGUAGAAGGGGCUGUUUUCAAUGUUUGUUGGCUAAAAAGAUUACGUUUAGCUAUUAUGGAAACACUUCUUACUGAAGUUACUCUUGGGACCAGUUUGUAUCUGAAGGAAGUCGGAGAUCUGGAAGAUGAUUCUGUAGCGGAAAAAGGGGUGGCAGCGCAUCUAAUUCCAAUGAGUUUUAAACAAUUGGCUUUGCAACCAAAAAUCUCUUCGAACGGAGAUCCCUGCGAUGAUUUCCAUGACAUUGUCCCACAAAACGGAUGUGAUCCAUAUGUCUCAUUUACGCGACAUAUUUCUCAUGUCCGCAAACAUUAGUUAUCUGUCCUUUUAUCUGCGAGUCGUCAUCUAAUCAUUCCACUAGCUACAUAGCACAAACGAUUAGGUAUGUUAGCACUUCUGGACUCUUUUAAUGAUUUUAAUGAUUCCGUAUGGAAUAAAAUGCCCGGAUACCACGCCCGCAGUCCCAUGUGUGGUAGAAGAAGAAAAAUGG